ACAACGAGGCAAACGAACAAACCAGACCACUUUUUUUCCCUUUUCUUUUCCUCCUCUUGGUCGCUCUCAUCUCACCGCGCUGCGACGCAUUUCCGUUCUCCGCCUCCUCCCCCUCGAUCUCUCCUCCUCCCCCGCAACGACCAACGCGACGAGCCCCCACCCCAUGCGCAGCAGCUAGCCAUGCAGCCCGCACCCGCAUCGCCGGAGGGCAACCCACCGCCUCCGCUGGAAGGGGCCGCGCCUGCCGAGGAACCGGCCAACGACAACGCGGAUGCGGCCGCGGUGAAGGAGGCGCCCGCGGCAGUACUGGAGGAUGAGGAGGCCAAGGAACAGGAGGAGGAUGGGGACGGGAGGAGGGAGGAGGAGGAGCCGAGGAGGGCCGGCAGGGGCAGGAAGAGAGGGAGGAGGGGCGGCGGCGGCGGCGCGGCCAGGGGGGUGGUCAUGGUGAGGCGGGAGCUGCUCGCGCGGUGCAUGACGUGCCCGCUCUGCAACCGCCUCCUCCGCGACGCCACCACCAUCUCCGAGUGCCUCCACACAUUUUGCAGAAGGUGUAUAUAUCAGAAGUUCAAUGACGAGGAGGUAGAAUCCUGCCCAGUAUGUAAGAUUGAUCUUGGCUGCACUCCAGUUGAGAAGCUUAGAGCUGAUCACAGUCUGCACGAUGUAAGAUCAAAAAUCUUCCCAUUCAAAAGAAAGAAGAUCAAGGCUGAAGAUGUUGCAACUCCUAUUUCACUUCCCAGUAAAAGGAAAGAGAGAUCUAUCUCUUCAUUAGUGGUCCCUACACCUAAACUUGCACCCACAGGAUUGACUGGACGGCGGACAAGGGCAGUUACCAGGAAAGCUGCUGCCGCCUUGCGUGGCCUUGGUCCUAAUAGUGGCAACCCUGUGAAGAAGGAAAAUGACAUCAGUGACAAGCAUGCUCAUAGCUCAAGCUUGCCUGCUAACUUGGGCAAAGCGCCAAAAACAAGAAGACAGAUAUCAUCAAAUGCGGAGGCCUCAAACCAUUCCUCCAAUAAAGAUGCCGAAGAUAGUGAUAUGGCAGAUAAUGCUGAGCUCUGGAGGCCUUUAAAUUGUUUGGUAGAAGCUGCAAACAGAACAAAAUCCUUUAGGUCUAGUUUACACAGUCCAGUUAUUAAGAGAGAGCAGAUUAAUGAGUCUCCCAACAGUACAUAUGGCAACAAAACAAAAUCGAGGGAGCAUCUGCAGAAACCCAAAAUUGAGGAUAAUAAGAAAAAUGCUCCAGUGUCGCCAGUAAUUGUAAAGCGAAAACCUGGAACUGGUCGGAGAAGGAGAGCACUUCGGAUUCCAGCGGAUGGGAUGCCUGAGGGUGAAGUUACACCGAACGAAAAGAGAUUCAACUCCAUAUGGUUUUCGUUGGUUGCCUCGUUUGAACAGAAAGGAGACCCACCUUUACCUCAGAUACCUUCACACUAUUUGCGAAUAAAAGAUGCAAAUGUGCCUGCUUCGUCUAUCCAAAAGUACCUCAUGCAGAAACUCAGUCUCCCAAGUGAAUCCGAGGUUGAAAUAAAUUGCUGCGGGCAGCUGGUAAACCCUACACAACCUCUGCGCAAUUUAGUGGAGUUGUGGGUGAGGGGGCGAUCAACGCAGACAACACAAGCCAUGAUUGGCUCCUCGGCGGAAGAGUUCGUAAUGGUGCUAACUUAUGGACGGCCAAAGGCCAUUGCACCAUGAUUCGACCCAUUUCCUUUCGACUUAAGGUGGGGGUCUCAUUUUUUAUGCCAUGGCCAGCCAUUUGCUGAGCUGAUGGAAAGAGUUCAUUGAAAGAUAAAGUCUCCGCUGAUGCACAGCGUCGCAAUGUGGCUGGCUCCGUCGGCAGCCAGCCCUUGGCGGCAUAUUCAUGUAUUCAUUGAUGUUGGUAGAUGUGGUUGUUCGUUUCCAUAAUGUUUUUUUCUUCUUAUUUAUUAUACACCAAAGAUAGAUGAAAUGAUGUUUAGAUUUGGAUAUAAAAGAGGGAGCAGUCUUGCCCUUUGAUAAUUUGAUUGUAACAGAUGACUGAGUGGAUUAAAAAUUGCAUUGGCUGUAUCAUGAGUUAAUUUUUUUUUUGACGAAA